AUGGAGCCUGGGCCCACAGCUGACCCUGCCCUCUCCUACCCCAGUCCCACCGACCUCCGCUUCUCUGAACUGGGCUCCAGAGAAGUCCAGCUUCACUGGAUCAAUCCCGCGAAGCCGAUCCGACAACACAGAGUUGUCUACCACAGCGCCGAGGGUCAGAGCCCACAGGAGGUGGUAUUGGCCGGCUCAGAGUCCACUGUGCUGCUGGAAGGCCUCUCCUCUCAGACGCUGUACCACGUGUCCAUCUUCCCCGUGUACGAAGACAACGUCGGCCUGGCGCUCAGAGGAACUGUCACGACAUUGCCCCUGACCAUGCCUGCCGACCUGGAGGUGACUCCUUAUUCUUACAGCACCCUGAGGGUGAGCUGGGGCUCAGCACCCGGUGCCACACAGUACAUGAUCCUGUACUCGGCACUCAACCACGGGGAGCCUGAUGACGCCAAGGAGGAGAAGUUCAGUGGCGACCAGACAGCGGUGGAGCUGGCAGGGUUACUGCCGGCAACAGACUACUCCGUGACUCUUUAUGCUCUGUAUGAUGAGGAUCCCAGCGACCCCGUCACUGCUGUUGCCACCACAUUACAUCUCCCAGCGCCAGCGAGCGUUCAUUUCCCGAUGGUCACCCACAGCAUGCUGAGGGUGAGCUGGGUGCCCGGAGCCGUGGACGUGCCCGGUCACAGAAUCAUCUACAGCACCAACCACGGCAGUGACGUCAAGCAGGUGGAGGUAGCGGGACUGAACUCAGUGGUGGUGCAGAACCUCUCUUCCCUCUCCAGAUAUCUGGUUUCAGUCCAGUCUCACUACCCACUAGGCCUGUCUGCAGCACUCACCAGUAACGUCACCACACUGAAGGUGCCUUCCCCAUCAGACUUCAGGGUGACUAAUUUCUCAGGCAGUGACAUCACCGUGCGCUGGGAGGCGGCCGCCGAUGACGUCGUCUCUUACCUCAUCAAGUGGAUCUCCCUCAGUGGGGGAGACCUGAGACAGCUGAGGGCGGGUGGGGAGAGCGAAGGGGCGAUCCUGGAGGGGGUGGAGAACGAUAAGGAAUACCAGAUCUCUUUGUCUGCACUUUAUGGAGACGGAGCUCAGAGUGAAGCGGUGGCCACGCGCUAUAGCACCCUGUCUGGCGGAGGCCCAUCCAGCAUAUCGGUCACCGAGGAGACGGCCGUCAGCUUGGUGGUCGGCUGGGUCCCUCCGAACGCUCACGUGCUCCAGUACCGUGUGUCCUACACGGCGCUGACUGCAGCUGAAAGCCAGGACAGCACCGUGCUGGUCCCGGGUGGUGAGAAGCGGGUGGCGCUGGAGUCGUUGCAGCCAGAUACUCGGUACAGCAUCCUGGUCACCGCCGAGUACCGCAACAGAGAGGGAGGCAGCGGUUCCACUCAGGGAAAAACCACAAGUCUGCGGGUGAGCAGUGUGAGCGUGGUCCGGUCAGACCACUCCAGUAUCUGUGUGUCUUGGAGGCCCGUGUCGGCUGUCGAUGGAUAUCGUAUUGUCGUUCAGUCCGUCAAAGACAAGCAAGCAAAGGAAGAGACUGUGGAUGAGUCCAGCAGCAGUCACUGCUUCACUGAUCUGGAACCAGAGACUCUGUAUCGCAUCAGCGUGCACUCCCUUCUCGGCGCAGCAGAGGGCGCCGCCGUUUCCAUUCUCCAUCCAACAGCCACAGCUCCUUCCAGAAUUCCCAUCCAGCCCUGGAUGUACCCCAUCCACAACGAAGUCUGCCCUGAAGUCACCAUCAGACACAGCAUUGUUAAAGGAUUUGACAUGAUGGAAGCCUUCGGUCUGACGGAGAGAGCUCACUCGUCUGUGGAGGGCGUGGCAGCCGAGCCCUUUGUGUUCAACGCCCUGCCCACCUUCACUCUGUACAGAGACGUCCAGCUGACACAGAGCACCAAGUUCAUCCACCCUGCAGGUUUCUCUCCAGAACACACCAUCAGCAUCGCCUUCCGCGUGUUGCAGGACACUCCCCGGGAGCCCUUCGCCCUCUGGCAGCUCACCGACAACGACUUCCAGCCCAAGAUGGGAGUGGUGCUCGACCCCACCACCAAGCAUCUGGUGUACUUCAGUCUGGACUACAGGGGAGAAGUGCAGGAACUGACCUUCGACCAGCUGGAGGUCCACCGGCUGUUCUACGGCAGUUUCCACAAGGUUCACCUGUCGGUCAGCCAGGUGAGUGUGUCCCUGUCCGUGGACUGCCAGCGUGUGGGCGAGAGGCCGGCCCGCCCUCUCGGUAACCUACCGACCGACGGCUUUGAGAUGCUGGGCAAACUGGUGAAGACCAGAGGACCCAAUAGUGGAUCCGCACCGUUCCAGCUGCAGUCCUUUGAGAUCGUCUGCAACACCACGUGGGCUUUAGAGGACACCUGCUGCGACUUGCCCGGAGUGAGAGAUGAGGAGAGCUGUCCCGUCCCGGCGUACUCCUGCACCUGCUCCUCCGACAUCCCCGGAGCCUCCGGUUCCCCUGGGCCAAAUGGAAGGCCAGGUCCUCGUGGUGAGAAAGGCGAGAAGGGCGAGCAAGGCCCAAAGGGGGAGGUGGGUCCUCCAGGAAAGCCUGGAUUGGAGGGAGGUCUUGGAGCCCUGGGCAGCACAGGGCCCCGAGGCAUGGCCGUGCAAGGUAAAGCGGGUCCACCUGGUGCAAGAGGAGGAAAGGGAGAUCCUGGGCGACCAGGGGUCCAGGGUUUACCGGGACCUCCAGGUCCAGCAGGAGAGGUGGGGCCGCCAGGCCCUCAGGGCAUUAGGGGGCUCGAAGGAAACAUCGGUGGACCAGGUCUUACUGGACCCCGGGGUUUCCAGGGAAUGCCCGGACACCCGGGGCCUAUAGGGGACAGGGGCUUCUCGGGAACUGUGGGACCUACGUGCGCCCCAGGUGAAUGCCACUUCGCUGGUCCCCUGGAGCCCAGCGGUGCUUCUGAAGCUGAUCUCUUAAUGGAAAAGGGUCAUCAUCCGAUAUCAGAUGUUGUCCUCUUUCACACACACAUCGGCAUCCCGUGAGUCGCUCUCAAUGUGUGAGAGGAGUGGGGAAGGGGAGGAGGUGAGAGAUCGGGGAGGAGCACU